GUUGGCACAGAAAAAGUUUGGGGGAUAGACAGAUAAAACCUUCUCAGAAUAACGAAAUAACGAUCGAACGAGUGGCUUAACUUGUGACAGAACGCGUGAAUGAAUAUCGACAAACACAUCACAAUUUAGCUCCACAAACAAACACUGCAAAAGGAGCCAUGUCGAUGUUCUUCGGUCCAUCCGUCGCCACUGAAUAGUCACUCCAUGGCUACUUCACUCUCCUUUUCCAUUUCUCCCACAACCAUAACCACAUCUAGAUUCAGAUUCUCCGCCAUGGCCGCCGCCGCCACCACAGUCACCACCCCUCCUACCAAGGUGGCUCCCGCAGUCAUUGUCGGCGGCGGAAGAGUAGGAAGGGCUUUGCAAGACAUGGGCACCGGCGAAGACCUCCUCGUUCGCCGAGGGGAGUCCGUGCCGCUUGAUUUUGACGGCCCCAUUUUUGUGUGCACGAGGAACGAUGAUCUCGAGUUGGUGCUUCAAUCUACACCACCUUCUAGAUGGAAAGAUUUGGUGUUUUUCCAGAAUGGAAUGGUGGAGGCGUGGCUUGAAAGGAAAGGGUUGAAGGAUGCAAACCAAGUGUUGGCUUAUUUUGCUGUGUCGAAAAUUGGAGAAGCCCCUGUUGAUGGAAGGACUGAUACCAAUCCUGAAGGACUCACUGCUGCAUAUGGCAACUGGGCUUCUGCUGUGGCUUCAAGAUUAAAGGCUGGAGGCCUCUCUUGCAAGGUUCUGGAAAAGGAGGCGUUUCAAAAGCAGAUGUUGGAGAAGCUUAUAUGGAUUUGUUCCGUUAUGCUUGUUGGAGCACGUCAUGGAGGGGUUUCUGUAGGUGUCGUGGAAAAGGAAUUCCGCACUGAAUUGUCUAGCCUUAUAACAGAACUGGCAUCAGCUGCAGCAAGUGAAAAGGGGUUAACAUUUGAAGAAGCCAUGGAAGAGCGUUUAUGUGCAUAUUCUAGAGCUGUAGCUCACUUUCCCACAGCAGUUAAGGAGUUUAACUGGAGAAAUGGUUGGUUUUAUGCUCUCUCUGAGAAGGCUAAGGCCCAAGGCAAGCCAGACCCAUGCCCUUUGCAUUCCCUUUGGCUAAAAGAGUUGAGAAUUGUAUGAAGCUUAAACGCUAGUAUUAGUGUGUGUGUGUGUGAUGUGUUUAUUCAUUAGGUAACCAACUUGUAAGAGCUAUGUAGACUUAGGACGUAGCCACUAGCUUUUAAGUGUGUUAUAGUUUCUGGCUUGUAAGUUUAACUGAGUCAAUGAGCAUCAAUUUUCAUUUUUUUUCCACCAUAUUGCUUCAAGCAAGUGUAUCAACUCGUUUUUUCUUAUCAUUUUGAAAGUGAAUAAAGAGAGUUGCAAUA